AAUCUACCCCUAUAAGAGAUGUCUGAGAGAAGCCGCCUCAUCAAGAACAAUAUGUUUUCAUGAUGAAUGGAGGCAGAAAGCGUCGAUUUCCGAUAACUAUUGUAGUCAGUUCCAUAUUGAUUUUGAUUGUCUCUGUGGUUACGGCUCAACAAGUGUUUGAUGGAAAUCGACAAGUAGCUUUCGUGCGGCGGCAGCCACCGUUCCAACAAAAUCAAUUGGCAUUUCAACAGCAGAAUCGGAACUUUAUACGUCAGCAGUUUCGACUGCAGCCAAGGCAGAAUUUUAUGGUGCAGCAGCAGAGGUUCAGGCAGCCUCCGAGGGUUCAAAAUUUUGCGAAUCAAAACUUCCAGCAGUUCAGACCCCGAGUUGUUCAGCCUACUCGACCAGUUCCCCCUCAAGUAACUCGGCGAGCUCCGGCGCCUAGGCCUGCUCCAAGGCCAGCCCUUAGCCCAACUCCAAGACCUCCCUUCUCCAUUCGUGCUCCACUGUCUCCAAUCCCAUUCGGAGCAGUUCAACGGAGUCGAAGACCUAUCUCCCAGCCCUCCUCCCCGACCCCAAUUACCACUACUACCCAACUCCCAGCAACUUCUUCUCCCACUACCACCUCAUCUCUUCCUGUCUCCACUUCCCAGAUCCAUUCAGUCGGAGGAUCCCUUCGUCGUCCCAUUCGGGUUCAACAACUCCAGCUUAACCUCCGAAGGAAGCCUCAAAUGACACGUGGACAAUUCAGGCGGCCUGUUUCAAAGCAUCAACCGACUCAUCGAGUUCCAUCGAAAAUUCAUAGAAUAACCCAGCCAAUUGUUUCAACAACUAGUGAACCUAUAACGACUACAGAAGAUGUUACCCUAACAGUGGCUGGAACCACUACAGAAGGUCUUCAAGCUGAUAAUCUGAAGAAAGUCGAUGAUAUCGAAGCUGCGAUUCUACAGGCUGUAAUAGAAUCAUCGUCCCCCGAACCACCACGAUCAUCAACUCAUCGUCAGAGAAUCCAUCGAAUCCGUCCAGGACAUCGAAUUCGACCAUCUCCACCAGCUCCACCGCCACGUGUCGAUGCGAUUGAGGAAGCUGUGCUGAGAGCUGUUCUCGAAGUUUCAACAUCAAUUGCUCCGGAAACAAGUAGUCUGGAAGCUGAAGCUGAAACAACUACAGUCUCGGAGACAACGACAACGGAAGUGUCAACAACUGCUUCUGAGUCAACAUCACUGUUCCCUGCAUUUGCAAGUCGUCGGCACGGCCACAGACGUCCACCUACAACUACAGUACCCAGCACAACUUUGGAGCUUAUCACUGAGCCAACUUCCACUGAAACGAUUCCAAUAACUACAACGACAGCAGAAACAACCACAACAACAUCUGAAGAGCCUACAGUAACCGAAGAAACGACGACGGAGCUCGUCACUGACGUCACAAUUGCUCUGCCAGACGAGGAAUUUGAAGAUAUUAACGCAAAAAUCGAAACGGAGAACCAUCAGUUGCAUCAGAUAGAGGAGAAUGUUAUUUCAGCCCUAUCCACGCCAACAUCUACAAUAUCCGCAUCACCAAGUCCACCAUCACCACUUCCGACGACUUCUGGUCCAUCACCACCAUCACCACCUGCGCCUCCACACGAAUUCUCUCUCCAUGGGGCCGGGCCGCCCGGUUUAAUGCCUCCAUCGGAUGAUAUUGUCGACGAAUUGAAUGGUUCUUCUGAUUUCUUGCAGGCCGCUCAGAGGCUUCACUUGCUCAGAAGACUUCUUCAAUGAUUUAUGUGUAAUGAGCAUCAUAAUAAUCAUCAGAAUAACUUUCCAGAUACUCAAAAAGUCGUUUAGUUUAGUGUUUUUUGUGAUUUUUGAAGAUUUCUUAAUAUUUUCAACCCAUUUGUUGUUACGGGUUUAUGAGUCGAUUCCAGUG